UCAAGAAUGGUUAUUGAGUACAAGUGGUUUAACCACUGGCACUAAAUUUAACGGUGAACAUGUAUUAAAAUUUGGUAUGGAAUCUAAAAAAUCAUCAACAGAAACUGAUACAAAGAAAUUUAAAGAAACCGGUGGUCUUAUUUAUCAAAAAGAUUUUAAUGAAGGUUUAGCAAAAUUAUCUGCUAAUGAAUAUUUAGUGCUGGCUGGUACUCUUCAUAGUGUGCAUGCAAUCACUUCGCAAAUUUCACCUGUUAGAAAUUCCACAUCUUCAGGUUUAGAAGUACUAGAAGCCGACACAUUUAAAUUAUACUGUUAUCAGACUUUAACAGGAACAAAAUUUUUAAUUUUAGCAGAUCCAGCACAUCCAAGUAUUGAUGUGCUAUUGCAUCGUACAUAUGUUGUUUAUAGUGAUUAUGCAAUGAAAAAUCCUUUUUAUACACCUGAGAUGCCUAUUCGUAGUGAAUUAUUUGACUUGAAUUUAUUAAAAUUGAUUAAACAAUUUGGUGGGAUAUAA